GGUCACGGCACAGCGGGUGAUAGCGAUGAAGGGGACGAUGAGGAGGAGGAAGAGGAGGAGGAGGCUGAGCAGGAUGACGUCGAGGUUUACAAUCAGAUAUCGCUGAUACCUCAGGGAACAGCUCGCAGAGACGCCUUGAGAUUGACUAAAAAGAAAGCCAAGUCAUUGCCUAGGGUUACAGCUUAUGCGACAGCGAGCUCUUACCGUCUCCACGAGUUGAUGAAAUUCUUUAAUGCGCGGAAAACAUCGUACCACACAGACCCAAAGUUGAUCGACGAGGCCCUCUACACACCCUACGUUUACGAGGCCGCAGGCCAAGAGGCACGUCAGUCACGCUCAAAGCCUCAGAAUCAUACUGCAGAUCUCCUUGGUAUUUCUGAACUGAAUCCUUCUGUCGAGGCCGAAGAUGGAAAUGCCAUCGCAAAAAGGAAGAAAAGUAGGUUCGAUACUACCCAUACGGAAGCAGAGAUAUUUGUCUUUGAUUAUGGAACCGUCGUAAUCUGGGGGAUGACCGAAGCUCAGGAGAAGCGUUUCCUUUCCUCCAUAAAACGGUUUGAAGUAGAAAAAUUAGCAUCCGAGGACAUAGAAAUGGAAGAUCUAAAUUACUAUUAUGCAAAUUAUAGUCGCAUUUAUAACGACGUCAUCACCUUACGGAAAGGAUCCAGCUACAUGACGAAACUAUCACUAUCGCAUGCCUUGUCACAAUCAGUGAAAAUAUCUCUUUUCGAAGAGCUAAUAUCAUCAACUAUAGAAGAUACGAAAGAUAUUCCUGAAAUUAUAAGUGAAACAGGUAAAAUUGGGAUGCCACAUAAAGAAAUCAUGCAGAAGAUUGGAGAGCUAUUCUUGCUACGAACAAAUAUAAACUCUGUCGGGUCUGUACUAGAUUCACCGGAAGUAUUUUGGAGCUACCCAGAUCUUCAACCACUGUACGAUGCUGCCCGCAGCUAUUUAGAGAUUCCUCAGCGCAUCAAUCUGCUGAACACACGUGUUGAGGUUCUACAGGAUAUGCUUCAACUCCUGAAGGAGU